GGUCGCUACUCUUGAAGAUCGUGCUUCCUUCGUGUGCGUGGUCGAGAAAGAUGAUGCCAAUAAAGAGCUCGAGCAGCUGCGUGCGAUCUGGAAGGUGGAGGAGAAGGAGCGCCGCGCUGCGUUUGACAAGGCCAAGGAGACAAACAUGGAGGACGCUGAACUUGCUCCUCACAGUUUGGGCGGUGGUCUGCGUUCUGUCCUGUUCGAGGCUAUGGUGGAGCAGAUCGGCCGCGCCCUCCAGGGCAAGUUAUCCGAGGGUGAUGUCAAAUUCGUCAAGUACACUCAGUGUGGCCGAGAGGAGAAGGCGCCCGAGUUCACCCGCUCCCUGCGGGCUUUCUACAGCAUCAAGUGCGAGGACCUCUUCAUCACGGCGCAGCAUACUCUUGACGGUCCUCUUCUCAAAUGA